AUGAAGUCCCUGUCCCUGCUUUUCCUGCUGUUGGCAGGUGCAGCCAGUGCUGCUGUCUCACCCCGGGCUGUGUGGGAGCUCCGCAAGAUGAUCAAGUGCACCAUCCCGGGCAGCCAUCCUCUGCUGGACUUUGGUGACUAUGGCUGCUACUGUGGCCUGGGAGGCAGUGGGACUCCAGUGGACGAGCUGGACAGGUGCUGUCAAGUACAUGAUCACUGCUACUCACAGGCAAUGAAACUAGCCUCAUGCAAACACAUCUGGGACAGCCCCUACACAGAGGUGUACAAAUUCAGCUGCUCCAAGGGGGAGAUUACCUGUCACAGCAAGAACGACGAGUGCGAGAUGUUCAUCUGCAACUGCGACCGCGCCGCUGCCAUGUGCUUCGCCAAGGCGCCCUACAACCCUGCGAACAAGAAGCUGGACACCAACAAAUACUGCAAAUAG